AUGUACAAACUCUAGGGUACUCGGGAAAGUUAAGGGAUUUGCUCGGGAGACGAACGACAAGCGAGUUUAACGUCCCGCCAUCCUGUGGCGGCGCGUUCACGCUUUCCGCACGUAGAGCGACGCGGCCGUUGCCGUGUCACGAGCCGUCGGCCACGCGCACGGCGCGCCAGACGACGCGAGGCGGCCGGAGAAGCGCGAACAUGGCGGCGGGACCCGGAGCAGCGAGCGGCCAGAGCGGCCCCGGUUCGUCCGUCGCCCUCAAAAGUUCCUUGGAGUGCCGUUUCCAGGGGGUGUCGAACACGAUGGAGUCCGUGCAGGGGUUGUCGGCCUGGUGCAUCGAGAACAAGAAGCACCACGGCCUCAUCGUGCGCUACUGGAUGAAGUGCCUCAGGAAGUCUGAAGCCGCCCACAGGCUGAACCUGUUUUACCUCGCCAAUGAUGUUAUCCAGAACUGUCGGAGGAAGAACGCUAUUGUGUACCGGACGUCCUUCGCAGAGGUGUUGCCGGCGGCUGUGCUGCUGGUCCGAGACCCCAAGGUGCGCAAGUCUGUGGAGAGAAUCCUGGCCAUCUGGAUAGAGAGGAACAUCUACCCUGAGGAGUUCAUCUCAGAGCUGGAGGCUGGCCUGGCCAGUAAGGCAGCCCCUGCGGCAUCAGUCAACUCCAAAGCCUCCCUGAAGGCCAAGAUUGUGGCUGAAUUUGUUCCCCACGCCUUCCGACAACAGCUGUCUGCGUACAAGCGCUCACUGGAGGAGGUAGAGCUGAAGGAGAAGCAGCUUGCUGCGCUGGGGGUGGACAUCUGCAGCACAGAGGCCUUCAAGAAGCUGAAGGACAAGGCAGGUGGUAAGAAGUUCUCGAAAGAUUUUGAGGACAACAGUAAGAAAUUCCAGGAUUUUGUGGGCUUCCUGGAAGAGCAGGUGAAAGGAGGGCGUCCUCUGCUGGAGGCCCUGAGCAACGCAGACAUUUUCUACGAGAUGCAGUACAAGGAAGUCAAGAUAAUUGCCAAAGCGUACAUGUCCUUCGCCAGCCGUGUUUCAAACCUCAAGCAGAAGCUGGACAACUUGAAAUCUACCCUCCCAAGUCUGGACGAUUCACCGGUGCCGUCACCUUGUGAGGACGCGCCCUCUCCAGCGGGCUCAGAGUCACCAUUUUACAGUAUUCAUUCUGAGGGGCUGGAAAGCGUGGACAGGGGCGCUGGACUCGGACCGACUCUACUGGCAGCUGCCGGUCAUGGAGACACACCAAGACAUGGAGAAUGGGACAAUCGAGAUGUAGAGGACAUGGAAGUGUCUGAGGGCGAGGAGGCCGAGAGCACUAGCAUAAUAGUGGAGGAGCGAGCGGAGCACACUGUUCCCGUGGCCAUGGCUGAACCGGACCGUGUGCGUAGCCACAUCCAGGGGGCGCCAGAGACGGCUGACGACCAGCAACCUGCCAAGAACCCUGAGCUCUCGCUCCCUCUGAACCUGGCCAACGUGGACCUGGUCAAGAUCAACUCAAUACUUAGUAAUCUCACUUCUGUCAUGAAGGGCACAGGAGCAUCCACCCCUCCUGACAGCAGGCCUGUUCUCAAGCCUCAAAAUCCUGGAGGGCCCUCUUUGGCCAGCCUGAUGCCCCAGGUGGACACCAAUCCCCAGGCUCUGCUGAGUGCCGUCUCCAAAGUCCAGGGUCAGGGUGGUGAGCUCCACGGAACAUUGUCCCACCAGCAAGGAGUGACUGAAGGCACAUGCUCUGUGGCUAGUGGCUGCACUUCAGAUUCUGCAUCCAUCCUGAGCCCUGUUGGCAGAGACCACCCUCGGGCAUUUGGCACAAGGGGAGGAAGCUCCCCCAGGCACACACAAUCAGAAAUCAUAAUGGGAAACAACCCUGGGCAAAACCUGGAUGGGCUGGGAAGGCAGGAAGCCACUUCCUCUGAGCUGUCAUCCUCUGCAAGCUUGGAAGAUAAAAUACACAAGUUCCUGCAGGGGAACCCCUUGUUUGGAGGGCUCAAUGGCUCUGCUCUGAAUGCCAAUCUAUUUUUGGGCAGCAGCAGCCCCCACGUAACCACAGAAAACGUGGACGGGACACCACUGCGAGACGAGGCAGGAGGAACACCCACUCAGGAUGAGGCAGUAGUCGAGUCUGUUGUGGGACAGGGGGCUGGUUCUGUGAGUGCCAGACCUCCAGGCACCGUGAGCAGCUGGCAUCUGCCAGGCAGAAGAGCGGGAGGGGAGACCCCUGCAGCCCUGCCUCCUCAGCCAGCGCCAUACCAAAGUAUUGAACCGUGGGUGUCCUCAGCGUCGUGCAGGAAAGCACCUCCCGCAGGUAGCUUGGGAGGCAGCCGUCAGACAGCAGGCGGACGUGUGCAGGGUGCAGGGAGCUCCGCCACAGUCAUGUGGGUCCCAACAGAGGGGUCUGGCAGCAAGGCACACCUGGGUAAAGAAGAAGUGUGGAACGGCGAUUGGCCCUCUGAAGGUCUGUCCUCACGCCCUGAUAGCUGCCUCCUUUCUCCUCCUGGAAGCUCCAGCUCCGUGAAUUUAGGGGCCUCUUCUUCAGUGCAGGGCCAUCUGCCCUCUGGGGGGAGGCCCGCGCUGUACCCAGGUGAAGCAGCGCCGCACCAUCCGCCUCCAUCCAACUUCCUAAGCACCCCUCUGCCCCCAAUCCCACAACUCCCUCCACCCCCCAAAAAUUUCCUGACCACUUCCCCGCAGGUUGGUGGCACAGCGGUGUCAGAUCGUGCCACUCCUGGACCUCCCUCUGGAGCUGAGGAGAGGAAACCAGCGGGGAGCAGUGAUAGUGGCCUUUCCCAGUCACUUCCUCCCUGGAUAGGCAGAGGAGUGGGCCCAAAUUCCAAACCUCCUCCCACUGUAGUCCCAGCCUGGUCUGGUGGACCACCUACCUGUCCACCUGAGCACAUACAACCCCACCACCCCCGGGCACCCCAGCACUCCCCUGCUGGCUAUCGAACCCAGCUCUGCCCCCCACACCAGCAACCCCGCCCCAUCCUACAUCACCCACUGCCAUUCAAUGACUGUGAGGUGCCCCGCCCCAUACCCCCUCAUUUUAGUGGGGGCCCAAGAAGGGGACCACCUGGCCCCCCUUUCUGUCCCCCUAAACGACAUUUCCUACCCCCAUACCACUGACAUACUCAAUAGGAGUGUAAACACAUUAUAGAUAUGUGAAUUGUAUACAUAGAAUGUGCAAAGGAUCUGCUUUCCUUAUAAAUCUCACAUUUUACUGUGUCUGCAGACUCUGCACUGGAGAUCAGUCAAUUUCUUUUAUUAAUAAUGAAUACUACAUUACAUGUCAAUCUAGGUCUAAUCUACCAUGUGAAGGGUGUGUGGCAGAAUACUGUGUGGUGUACAUUAUUCAAAGGUAAAGAACAACUAUUAUGAAGCAGUAAAGCUGGCUUAUAACGGUAUUAAAUUUCUUUGGAGUCACACCCCAGACUGCGAUUUUAACAUUGUCAGAAUACGUUUUAAGGCGAAAGCAUCUGUCGGGAACACACACCGGGGUCAGUGUGAAAGGACUGGCUUGUGCGUAUUUGUCAAGAUUUUUGCACACUUGUCAGCAUAAAUUCACCCAUUGAUAUGCUGUCAGACUUUCCUUUAGGUGCUUUAGGAAGAGUGAGAAGAUUGAUGAUCCAUAAGGAAACUACAUCCAUAUAAAGGUACUAUGUGACAUUUAAUACUAUUAGCCAUGUGCAGCACAUAUGUUGUGGUAAAUGCAGUGUAUCCACCGUGACAUUUGCUAGGACGAUCAGUCUGUGGGCACAACAUACACAACGUGGUAUAGUGCUGUAUGGCCUGAACCCGAAAACCCGAAACGGUCCAACACUGACGGCAGUAACGCUUUACUUGUGCGUACCUGGCCAGGUGUGCCUGCUCUCAGCUAACGUUAUCAGAAAUGUCUUUCAAGAAGAAGGGAAACCGUGGCAACUGUGCUGACACAGAAUGCAUGUCUGUUUGCGUGUGCCUUGCAGUUUUUCAGUAUUUUACAACCUUAUUUCAUUUUCUCCAUAUGUUCAUUUUGACAGAAAGAAUUGACUUUUAAUUUGUGUAUUGACAGUUUAGAGUCCAAACUAACAUUAUUAUUCCUCAUUUUCAACCAUACUUUUUAUCCUGACCAUAUAAAAUGUUUUCAUUUGUUUUAGUUUAUUUUUAACACCAGACCUGAUAUUCAAAAUGCAGGAGUAAUGCUCUUAUGAAGAAUCAAUUUAAAAAUGAGUACGGAUUUUUUUUGUUGUUGUUUUGCUUUUUUAAAUACACACUAUUAUGCAGAAUGACCUUUUAAAGAACUAUAAUUUCACAUGAUUCUAGAAAUGAAUGUUUAGCAAGAAGUAGGUUAGGUUAACAUACUCUGUUCAGUGGUAAAACGGUACCCCCCCCCUUCUAGAGCAUGAACCUUAAACCACAGUUAUAUGGACAGCUUAUUGUUGUCAUUCUGUGUAUUUUCAAUAUACUCCUGAAGUGGGAUAAUAUCCGUGAGAAAUGAAAGGAACCAGACAAAAGUUCAGAUGUCUUUUGGCACACAACCCAUGUCCCCUGGUUCUGAAGACUUUUACAUGUACUUUAAUAAAACGCUUGAAAACAGCCAUGGGUACUUUCUUUUACAGCCAUGGUUAAUGGAAAAAAUAGCAUGAAUUCCUUUUCUAAAAGGUCAAUAUGAUUUGGUUUAACCCUGUCACGUGUGAUUGCCUGUGUUUAAAUUCUUACGUUCUAUUUUUAUAAACUCUGACAGCUGUGUGUGUGAGAGGCAAGUAUCAACUGUGAGAAGGUGUGAUGUGUGAGAUGAAAAUAUCACCUGGGAGUGUGUGCUGUGAGGAUCAGGUGCUACCUGUGAGUGUUUGAGGACUGACUGCUCCUUGAGUUUUUCACAUUUCCUGACUUUUUUUUUUAUUAUUAUUCAAAUGGUAGGGAACCAACUUUUUUCCUUGCGAUAAUUUGAAAAGAAAUAUAUAUCAAAUAUAUACAGAACCCCUGUACUUAAUUUUUAUUUCUGUUUAUAAAUGCUUCAUUACAUCUACAUAAUACCUAAAUUACAAAGGCAUGCUCUACAUAUUCACAUUUUUUUGCAUUAGAUGUACAAUUUCAUGCAUCAUGUAAUAUUGUGGCAUAGAUGACAUACCCAGUAAAUGAAAACGAGAAGUGCUGAACAAUAUUUUUGUAAUGCAGUGCAUAACCACUGAUAAACAUUGCUACAAAGACACUCAUGUAGUAAUUGAAACAUUUUUGAGAAAUAUAAUUCAAGUCAGCGAAACUGAGUUGGCCCUCUCCUGCGUUGCUUUUUUUUUCCCCAUCUUGCUUGGUUCUGUCUUAUGCAAAACAUUUUCAUUGUGUUCAUCUCACACAAAGGGGCCCCUCACUCCUUGUACAUGGAUGCACUUGGCAGACGCUGUUCACCUUGGUGUAAACUUAAAGUACAUUUCAUUUGCAGACUUGAGGCCUUGGGUACAUGGACUCACUGAAGUACAGCUUCUUUGAAACCUUUUAAAUAUUGUUUCACAGGCAAACAGUUUGUGCUUGAUGAUGCAGUAAAACAAGGAACAUAUUGAAAGACGUUUAAACCAAAGGACUUGUUAAUUUUUAUAUGAGUACAUCAUGUAGGGUUGAGAGCUGCCACUGGGGAACUGAAGUCUGAACUUUUGAAAAAAUGCAAUGUUUAUAACACCAAGCUCAGUUAAAAAAAAAAAAAAAAAA